AUGGCGGGGUGCCCGGUGCUGCUCCUGCUGCUGCUGCUGCUGGCGGGGACCCCGCGCUCCGCCCGCGCCUGUCCCGGGACCCCCGGCCCGGCCCCGCGCCCCGGCCGCGCCCCCGGGGCCGCCCUGCCGCCGCCGAGGUCGCGGUGGGGGCCGCCGGGGGGGCCCCAGGCCCGGCUCAGCCCCCGCAGCCGGGACCCCCCGGUGGCUCCGUUCUGGACCAUGGCGACCCCGCAGCGCUUCGGCCGCCGCCGCUGA